UAAAACGCGUCUCUCCUUCCGAGCAUCAGUCCAACCGUCGUUUUUUUCACAUUUAUCCCCAAUGAAGUGCUGUGUUUAAUUAUUAUUAUUUUCAAAUUCAGCAGUGACGAGUGUUACAAUCAUGACAAUACUCAAUGAUUAAUGUGAAUAAAGUGUGGGAUCUGUGAUCCCAAUUUUAUCCGAAUUUAUAUACCGAUUUAAUGCCAAGUUUCAAAUCCGGUUUUACGCGAGUGAUUGAUAAAUAUCCGUCGAGAUAGAGUCCUGAGUGGCGUUACCUGUGGGAUAUAAAUAAUUGAAUAUUGAAAUUGGAGAAAAAUGGUGAUUUUUUUAAAUGGAGGGAUGAAAAAUCGAGGAUGGGCCUGGGCGAGGCCUGUGGGGACUCUCGCAUUGUUCAUUCUACUCACUGGAACUCUUGGUGAAACAACGAAGCUGAGACACUUCAGGCACUUGGAUACACGACCCCAGCACUUCAGUGUAGACGAAUCAUUGACGCGGGAUGAUAAACACAACCACAAACCCGUUUUUUCGGAUUGUUCGGUUUAUGCACCGGUGGUCAAGGAAGAGGAACCAGCAGGAACCAUGGUCAUUCAGGUUCACGCAGAGGAUAGAGAUCCACCUGACGAAGGAGGAACAAUAACUUAUAGCUUUGUGACUGCACCCGGUGAAAAGCUCAAAUUCGAGAUAAACAAUGUAACCGGUCUCAUAAAAACGACGCAGAUGCUCGACAGAGAUGAGCCGGCACGUGAAAAAGAGGCGUAUUUAACAGUUUUAGCCACCGACAAUGGACGUCCACAAUUGGAUGACGUUUGCACCUUCAAAGUCACCAUUGAAGAUGUCAAUGACAAUUCACCAGUAUUCGACAAAGUAGUUUACACAGAAUCAGUACCACAGGAUUUACGAAUUGAUCAUGAAGUUAUGAGGGUAUCAGCAACGGAUAUAGACGAUGGGAAUAAUUCGGUGGUACGUUACAGUAUCUCGUCGAAACGCCCAGAAGACAGUGGAUAUUUCCGAAUAGAUGAGAAGACCGGUGUUAUAUUCUUGAACCAAACGAUCGACAGAGAUCCAGAGUACAAAUUUCGUUUGGUGGCUAGAGCCGAGGAUUUGGGGAGAGAGCCACGUGGAAAUGACAUAGAUUUGGACAUUCGAGUUGUCGAAUCUCACAAGAAAGCGCCAGCAUUUUUGCCACGGUCGUUGGAGCCCAUUCGUAUACGUGAAAACUUUAGUGACUUUGAUGCAACGAUUGUACGUCUGGAGGGAGUUUCAAACAUAAACGACAGUCCAGAUUUACUAUUUGAACUUUUGCCUGGUAGAACUGAACAAACAAACAAGGGUAAUACCUUCAGAUUGGAGUCAUCAAAGAAUACAGCGGACAUAAAGCUCGCUCAGCAUUUGGAUUAUGAAAGUAAUACCGAGUACACAUUGAUUGUUCGUGUACAAAAUAAGUACAAUUUAGCUGCUGAAACUCUCGUUAACAUCGAAGUGCUUGAUGUUAAUGAUAAUAUACCAGUAUUUCGUGAAAUGAAGAAAGGCAGUGUUCUCGAGAAUGAGCCGGCUGGUGUGCCUGUUAUGCAAGUACGUGCCAUUGAUGCCGAUGGUACAUCAGAGCACAAUCAGGUCACUUACUAUCUCAAUAAUUUUCAAGAAUACUUUGCCAUUGACAAGGACACUGGCAAUAUAACCACCAAGACUGUAUUCGAUAGAGAGACUGAGGACACGUAUAAUGUCAAAGUAAUAGCAGUCGAUAAUUCACCGAGUGCACUGUUUAAAACUGGUGAGCACAACAAAGGUGAGCAAGAUUUUAGAAUUGAAAUUGCUGAUAAGAAUGACAAUCCACCUCGCUUCACUCAACCAGUUUACACAGCCAAUGCUAUACUUGAGAAUGCCAACAUAAAUGCUCUAGUUACUGAAGUUAAAGCAUUGGAUCAGGACACUGCCAGUCCCGUUAUAUACAGCAUUAUUUCUGGUGAUCCUGAUGGUAGUUUCUACAUCGAGGGUACAACUGGUAAAAUACGCGUUGCACGACCCCUUGAUUACGAGAAAAUAACAGAGUACAAUUUAACUGUUCGUGCGUUCGACGGAGUUUACGACGACGAGGCUAUGGUUAAGAUAUUCAUUGAAAAUGUUAAUGAUAAUCCACCGGUUUUCGAGGAAUUCGAUAUAUAUCCAACGAUCGAGGAGGAGAAACUCGUUGACGGAUGCAUAACAACAGUUAAAGCCUACGAUCCCGAUAUUAAAGACAGAAAUGCUGAUCAGCGUAUUGCCUACUUUAUCGUAAAAGAGGAUCAAAAACCGCUGAUUGGCAUCGAUAAAUCUGGCUGUAUGACACUGAAGAAGCCACUGGACAGAGAUCCACCAAAUGGAUAUCCAAUGUGGUCAGUAAUUGUUCUGGCAAUGGACGAUGAUGGCUCACCAAAGGCACUCCAUGGACACGUCACCAUCAAUAUAACCCUCAUCGAUAUAAACGACAAUGCCCCAUUUUUGGACAUGCAACAGCCAGUAGUGUGGUAUGAAAACAAACAUGCUGGUAAUAUAACAAGACUGAAAGCCAGAGACUGGGACUCGGACGAUAAUGGUCCGCCCUUCAAAUUCAGCAUUGAUCUCAAAACUGCUGACGAAGCGAUAACAAGUAAAUUUGCCAUUAUUGGUGACGAUCUGCGAGCUAAAGUGAUGUUCGAUCGUGAGGAAAGAAAAAGUUAUAAUAUACCAAUUGCUAUAAGUGACAGUGGAUUGCCCACCAUGACUGGCACAUCGACACUGACUGUUGUUAUUGGUGAUGACAAUGACAAUGCCAUGAGAGAGGGAGCGAGCUCGAUAUUCGUUUACAAUUACAAGGGGGAAGCACCGGACACUGAAAUUGGUAGAGUUUAUGUCAAUGAUCCUGAUGAUUGGGAUUUACCUGAUAAAACAUUCAACUGGUACGACCAGAGUCAUCCUGGUUUUCGAUUGAAUCCGAGCAAUGGUAUGAUAACACUUUUAUCAGGCAUCGAGAGUGGCACAUUUGUACUUAGAUUCAAGGUAACUGAGGAGAGUUUAAUGGUACCGUAUCACGAUGUCGAGGCUUUCGUCAAUGUUACAGUCAAAGAGAUACCCGAAGAGGCUGUCGUCAAAUCUGGAUCAAUAAGACUCUUUGGAAUCACCGCUGAAGAGUUUGUCACCCCUAAUGACGCUGGUAUCAGUAAAAAGGAUAUAUUCCAGGAGAGAUUUGCCACAUUGUUGAACAACACUAUUGAGAAUGUCGAUGUAUUCACCGUACUUCACUCACCCCAUCACAAUAAUAAGAGUUUACUGGACGUUAGAUUUUCAGCUCAUGGAAGCCCUUAUUAUGCACCAGAAAAAUUAAAUACCAUCGUUGCUCAGAAUUCCAAGGAACUCUCCCAAGAGUUGGGAAUUGAAAUAAUGCUCAUUAAUAUUGAUGAGUGCCUGUUUGAAAGAAGUCGCUGCAAUGAUUCGUGCCGCAGUGAUUUGAACAUUGGUACAGUGCCAUAUGCUGUGUAUACAAAUACAAGUUCAUUCGUUGGAGUACGCGCUGUUGUAGAUUCAACGUGUAUGUGCCACGUGGCUGAGCCAAUAAUGUGCCUCAACGGUGGAACACCACUGCUCGACCGCUGUGAGUGCCCUCCAGGACUAGAGGGUCCACGCUGUGAAUUACUUGGAAUUGGAUUCCAUGGUGAUGGAUGGGCUGUUAUGCCACCACCUGGACAGGCGUGUGAUGACUCUCACGUGGGGCUUGAAUUAAUGCCAUACGUUGAUGAUGGUCUUGUAUUUUAUUUUGGCCCAAUGAGUUACAGUAAAUUGCUCGGUGUACAAGAUUUUAUGGCACUGGAAAUACGAAAUGGGUUUGCUGUGCUUCAUGUUGAUUAUGGCAGUGGUACAGUGUCACUAGAUCAGAAAAAAAUUAAAUUAACGGAUGGUAAGAGUCACAGAGUUGACGUUUACUGGACAAAAACGACUAUCGAAAUGAAAGUGGAUAAUUGUGGAAUAUCCGCGUGCAUGCUGUUGACAGCACCAGUUGGGCCUAAUGAAUUUUUGAAUGUCAAUAGUCCAUUGCAGAUUGGGGGUACGUUCACCGAUUUAAAGGAGAUGGCACGUCUCUUUGGGUGGGCUUAUAAUCCUGUCGGUAAAGGGUUCUCUGGGUGUAUUAGGAAUAUGACAAUCAAUAGUAAUACGUAUAAUCUUGGUAUGCCAGCAUUAUCGAAAAACGCUGAUCCAGGCUGUGAUCGUGGCACCGCUAAGGCAGUCUCAUUUGGAAUUGAUUCCAAUUUUCUUGUUGCUAUAUUAGUUUGUGUUGCUAUUCUGCUGAUAUUGCUGCUAGCGGUUGUUGUACAUAGGAGAAAGCGCGAUGAUUUGUACAAGGAUAUGGAUGACAUCAGGGAAAAUAUCAUUAAUUAUGAGGACGAGGGAGGUGGUGAGGUUGAUACGGGGUACGAUUUGAAUGUUUUAAGGCGGAUUUAUGAUGCACCACCUAUUGACUCGAAAAUUGCACCAUCUGCACAUCAAGGACGAGCGCCUGAUGAAGUGCCAGAUAUUUGUGGAUUUUUGGACAGCAAAAAGGAGAGCUGUGACAAAGAUCCUGACACUAAUCCUUUUGAUGAUGUCAGGCAUUAUGCAUAUGAGGGAGAGGGUAACUCCGAUGGAUCUCUGUCGUCAUUAGCAUCUUGUACCGAUGAUGGAGACUUGAAGUUCAAUUAUCUCUCGAACUUCGGCCCGAGGUUUAGAAAAUUAGCGGAUAUGUACGGUGAAGAGCCGAGUGACGAAGAAAGCGAUGGUGUUGAAGAGCGUGAAAGUGAAAGUUGGUGUUAAUGCGCUGUCUCUCGGGUGUAUGAAUAUUGCAAGGACUACAGAUGAACUGUUUCACAUUAUGAUAGAACAUAAUUUUAAUUAUGAACAAUUGUAAGUAGACAAAAUGUCGAACUUACUUGUACUUAAGCGCAGCUAAUUACAGGCUGAUGGCCUAAAAAGUUAUUUUGAAAAAAGGACAAGACGAUGUGUUAAAAGUGAAAUACCAUAAUCGGAUUUGACUUUCGUAACGCCAAAGAACGAGACCGCAUCCAGGAUGGCUCCAGAGAAUGGAGGAUAGACGUGAUAUGAUAUUUACAGAAGUCUCUGAGAAUAAACGAUUCGUCGCAAUGAUUCUGAAUGGUUUUCUCUGGCAAAAGGUCACUGUAAAUAAUUUAUUCGCAUAAUUUUAGCAGUGAGCUAUUAACAAUGAGCCGGAGUCAUACGGAAAAACGAUGAAAAUAUAAAUUUGAACAGCGGAUCAAUACAUAUCAUAUUUAAAGUGACACGUUAAUUAAGUUAUUGCGACUUGAUAAGUCUCAAUUAUUCAAUUAACUCACCCUCAAACGGAGAAGAAGAUUUGGAAGUGAUUUAGUUUGCUGCAUGAAACCUGAAGUAUUGAGAGCCACCGUGUACGUAUUUUUCUAUUUUGAGAAACAAUUCUUAAUUGAGAAGUUAGAAGGCUAUUGAAAUCAUGCGCCAUUAUAUUGUUUUAGUAGCUUUUUCUUUUUGAUUUUUUAUUAUCCAUCAAAAUGGAAAAAUAACAGACAUUCUGUCCAAUUUUCAUGUCCCAAUUAAGAAUUCCACGGAAACCCUCAAUUUAAAUAUCCACUGACGUUUUUGCACAAAAAUUAAUCCCAUACGUUUUAUCAAGUUACAGCAUCGAGUUAUAAAACUAAUAAUUGUCAGUGAUAGUACAUUAAAUGGAAAAUUGUGUUAUGCAUAACAAUGACUGAAUCGCAUACACAAGAAUAAUCAUAUUAUAUAUAGAUCAUAUAUAUUUCUUUGUUCAUUCGUCAUUUAAAACGAGAGAUAUUUGUUUUCCCCUAUUUUUAUGAAUUUAUCAGUUAACGGAAAUACAGGAUAGUAUUUGACUGAAUUUCAAAAUAAUAUAUCUUUUCUUAGUUUCUUUAAUUCAUCUCGAAAGCGGAGAAUAUCGAUUUAGGGACGUGUGAAUGAAUUAAUGUAAAAAAAAGUGUCAAUACUCUUGAGAGUUGAAUAUGAACUCGAGGCUAUAACAGAAUCAUGUAUUACUUGUGUAAAAAAAAAACGAUUAAAGGAGCAAUUUUUUAGAAUACUAUUGUAUGUGAGUAGACGUAAAACAAUAACGAUAAUGUAUCUCUGGGAGGCGAAGAAAAAUCAAGUCAGA